GGAGGUUCCUGUCCUAUGGGUGGAAGAUGCAGCAGCAAUGUGUUAGAAGGAAAACCUUCCUGUGUAGAUCUGAACCUGGGCUACUGUAAUGAUAUGGAAUACUCCAGAACCAUGUUUCCCAACAUCCUCGGCCACAGGAGUCGUUCUGAGGCAGAGUCAGGGGCAGAGUACCUCCUUCUAAGUGUCAUCCAUGGACUGCUCAAUGGGGAGUGCUCCCCUGAGAUUCGUCUGGUAGGCUGCUCAGUCCUUGCCUCACCCUGCCAGGAUGACAAGAUGAUCAAGCCCUGUCGUAGCACAUGUGAAGCACUAAGGAAGGACUGUUACCAUGCCUUUGAAGCCAUUGACAUGGCUUGGCCGUAUUUCCUGGACUGUGACCGUUUCUUUGCCAGUGAACAGGAGGGCUGCUUCGAUCCACUACUAGGGCUGAAAGCCAGACAGGAGCUAGCGAUGUCCAGCUUCCCUUCUGAAGAACCCAGCACAAUCAUCCAGUUCACCCACACUUCCAAUUCCCAGUUGUACAGUGUAUUGAAGAGAACAGCAGCCAAGUGCUCCCAUAUCUCCAAUGUCUACAGUAUUGGACGCAGCACAGAAGGCAGGGAUCUGCUUGUUCUUGAGUUCACCAACAACCCAGGACAGCAUGAGCUAUUGGAGCCUGAGAUCAAGUUGGUGGGCAAUAUACAUGGCAAUGAGGUGCUGGGCCGCCAGCUACUUGUCUACUUGGUCCAGUACCUGUGUUCAGAAUACAUUCUUGGAAACCCAAGAAUUCAAACCAUCAUCAACACCACCCGCAUCCAUAUUCUGGCUUCCAUGAAUCCAGAUGGCUAUGAACUGGCCGCCUCAGAGGUAGAGGAUAACAGUGACCCGGAGCUCAGCAACCAGGAAGGUCACUUGUUGAACGGUUGGACCAAUGGACGGACCAAUGCCCAGAAUCUUGAUCUCAACCGUAAUUUUCCGGAUCUCACCUCCACGUUUUACCGUAACCGCCGCAGCAGGCACUACCGCACAGACCACAUCCCAAUCCCUGACAGUUACUGGUUUAGUAAGGUGGCACCAGAGACCUAUGCAGUGAUGAAAUGGGUUAGGUCACUGCCUUUCGUUCAGUCAGCCAGCCUUCAUGGAGGGGAGCUGGUGGUGUCCUAUCCCUUUGACUUCUCCAGACACCCGCAAGAGGAGAGGAUGUUCUCACCCACCCAAGAUGAGCAGGUCUUUAAGCAACUGGCUCGUACCUAUGCAGAUGCCCAUGCCACCAUGUCAAACAAUGACACAGAGAGGUGUGGAGCCUCUUUUUACCGGACUAGGGGUAUCAUCAAUGGGGCACUGUGGUACAGUUUUGCUGGUGGUAUGUCAGACUUCAACUACUUGCACACUAAUUGCCUGGAGAUCACAGUAGAGCUUGGCUGUGAUAAAUUCCCCUCGGAGGCAGAGCUUUACCCAGAAUGGAAGAGGAAUAAGGAAGCUCUGCUAAGUUUUCUUGAGUCUGUCCAUCGAGGGAUAAAGGGGGUAGUGAAGGAUGUUGACGGAAAUGGAAUAAAAGGUGCAACCAUCUCUGUCAGAGGGAUUAGGAAAGAUGUCACAACAGCUGAAGCUGGAGACUACUGGCGGCUGCUGAACCCUGGUACUCACAUCCUGACAGCCACAGCCAAGGGUUAUUCCAGGGUCAGUAAGAGGGUUUACCUGCCUCACCACAUGGUCAAGGCUGGACGUGUUGACUUUGUCUUGAAGAAGGUUCCAGUGGAGCCUGAUAUUGACGACCACCUCUUCCCGACAGUAGACACAUGGGAUCGAUUUGACCCCUACCACCAGUUUGAACGCUACAGUGACCAUGACGUACGUGACAGAGGGAUAGAGCGACAGGAGAAACCAUGGUGGUGGAGCUACUUCUCCCAGUCAGCCAUCUCUCCUCCACAAUGGUUGCUCCGAGAUGUCUAGCUGCAUUAAAGCACAUAUUUCAGAGCAUACAGAUUGGUGAAAGAAAGUCAUAAGUCCCAGCUGUUCUUUCAUCGACUUCUCCGCAGGGGAAGCUGUGGGACUGAAAUCAUCAGUACAUGAGUUUUAGGGCUUUCUGGGAAGAUCUGAACAGAAAUCUGUUCCAUUAAGCAAAAGGAAAAAGUUCUGUACUGUGGGAAAAGACAUUUUGGUCAAAACUGCUUCAUGCUGCAUGUUACUUGUUUCUAAACUGAAAUGUAACAGCUAAGAAGUAAAUGAGUUAGAGAUGACUCCAAAGUGUCAAAAAGGCAUGCACCCAUUUGAAAACUGGCAUAACAAAUUAUAUUUUCAUUUAAUUUCCUUUUGGCUGCAUAUAAUGUCUGUGAUUACAGAAGUGAGUUAAAUACAACUCUUAUCUUAGUAUAUGUAUGGAAACAUUAAAUGCACCAUAUAAGACCUGUAACUGCCUCUCACAGUUUGCACCACAUUUAUGAGUGUAUUAAGCAGCUAUCUUGGAUCCAUUUUCAAGAGCAUAAAUGCUUGCUUUGUUGUUCACAAGCAUAAAAAUAAAAACAUCACUUUGGCAUAUUUGUACUAAUUUUAAACUUGAAUAUAGGUUGCAACGAUUGGGGUCCAAGCAUUUACCAACCUUUAAAUGUUUUACCUUUAUUGUUACAACCAUUGGGAUGACAGGCCUUAAACUCAAAUACACAAUUCUGCAUAAGACAGGGUUUUUUUUAAUUAUUAUGAGGACAGCGCACAUUAAUCAAUCAAUGCUUCAAUGUAAUUGUGCUAAGUUAACUGCAGACAGAGACACAUUUUACCUUGUGCUAAGGUAGAAGGGGAAAUAUACUACUCACAGAAAGUUGGGGAUAUUUGGCUUCCAAAGUUUUUGUUUUUUUAACUUUACAAGUGAACUUAAUUUGACCUUCUCUAAACUUUUGAAUGCACAUGUCCAACUGUUCAAUGUUUCAGCACAAACUUAACAUUCUGCUCUCUAACAAGGUGAUUAACAGCAAAAAAUCACAACAAGUGUCUCAUCCAUAAAUUGACCACUAAAUGUUCUCGUUCAAAGAUAAUUUGUAUCUAAACAGUCCUCUUCAUCAUGUUGUUCAUUUGACAUCAUGAGACCAAGACGACACCUAACAAUCGAUCAACAACAGUACUGAGUUGUCAUGUAGAGGGUCAUGAGCCUGCAAACCAGAACCUCAGUGACCAGAGGGGAGACCCUCAGACAAUAUGUCGACUUGUGAACAGCAUGAGACGCCGUCAAGCUGUAAGCUGUGGCCACAUGACAAGUUAUUGAGACAUCAACAUUUGUUGUUGUGGUAUACCCAACACUGUUGUUAGAUUUGUUUCAAUAAACUGUUUGAGAUUAAGAAAUUACUAUUGCAUGCUUAUACUUACAUGCCCUACUUUCAUGAUAUAAUAUCCCUUAAGCAUGAACUUUUUACAUUUUCCAUAAAUUCCACCGGAAAGUCAAAUAUCCCAAACUUUUUUGUGAGUAGUGUAGUUUUAAUGGUUUGGUCUACAGUCAACUAGUUCCACAAGUAAACAAAUCCACAGGAGCAGAAGAGGCACAGUUAGAACUUUCAGGAAACAGCAUAGGUUUGGGAAGAUGGGUGUUUUAGCACCUUACAAAAUCAGACACAUUUUAGACCAUUAGCUAUUAAAAACAUUUAAAAUGGUGCCCACCCAUUUGAAUCAGUAUGUGCAGCAGUACAUAUGACCGUUUUGUUUCUAUCAGGUCUGCUUGUUGUUAUAAUACUGCACAGAGUGAUGCAACUUGCAGCAUGUCAGAGCUGUUUAUGUGCUUAGAAGAAGUGUUGAACUUAAAGUAAGCAAAGAAGUCAGGGCAGGCAUCAUCUUGUCUGACAGACCAGCAGAGAAAGUCCAAUCCAGUGUGGUUUAAUGUAAGUGCUGUACAGUAAUGCUAUAGUAUGAUCUGGGAUGGGAUUAAAGCUCUUGUUCAUUUGCUUAUUAAUUAUUUCCCGUGAUACUUGAAUGUUGUAGACAACUUUGAGUUUCAGUAGAUUCAAUAGUUUUAAGCUAUUUAUUCUGAGAGAGGGAGAGGGGGAGAGAGGAGGGGCUACAUGGUUGAGCAAGAGGGGAUGUGCCAAUAUGCACCAAAGUAGAGAGCGGAAAAAAAUGAAUAUGAACCCUUAUUUGGUCAUCUCACUCAGUUUAACUGAGAAGUGUGAAAAGUGCUGCAGACUGAAGUAUUUGCUAAUACUUACAGGCAAUGCUGACUCAUUUAAACAGCUCCAGUUUGGGUUGAGUGUGAAUCCAUGUCAAUGUAUCCCUUCCCCUGCUGUAUGAAAUGACUGUGUCCUGUUAAUAUACGCUAUAAACAUGUCAUAGGCAACGUC